AUGGAAGAGAAACAACAACAACUUCGGGCUUUAGAUGAUAAAUUAAUUUCAAUACCUGCUAAUAUAUCUAGCAGUAGAACACCAUACGGACCUCAACGAUACCACAAGCUAAUAGUCGACUCGACUUUUAUUGCAAUUCCGAAAUCUUAUGAUUCACAACUACGUAAAGCAUAUUAUCACGCAAAAAGUUCAACAAAUUAUGCAUUGAAAGUACAAAUAGCUUGCGAUUUUCAUCAUCGAAUAGUACAUGUAUCCGAAUGUUAUCGUGGAAGUGUACAUGAUAUUACAGUUCUAAGAGAAUCAGGACUAUUAGAACAUGUAAACGAUGAUGUGCAAAUUAUUGGUGACAAAGGAUACAUUGAUGAAGAAUAUGUGGUGACUCCAAGAAAGAAGUCUCGUGGACGUGAAUUAACAGAUGAAGAUAAGGAUUUCAAUUAUGACAUUAACAGCGCAAGAGCAGCUAUUGAAAAUAUUAAUCAACGUCUGAAAACGUAUGCAAUUCUUGGUGGUGUCUACAGAGGAGCUAUUGACGAUUUUCAUAAGACAACAAAAAUCGUACAAGUGAAAAACAAUCUUAUUCUUCGUGAAAGUGAUAAAAGUGGAAAUCUUUACGUUGGUCAUAAGAAUGCUUUUGAACAAAAAGCAAUUGAGUGUUAUACGAAAAUAGGUGCUUAUGAAGAAUUAUCAUCCAAUCCACUCGAAGAAACUUUAAUUGAAGUAACUCGUUUACUUAAUGGUCUUCAUAUGCAAACAAAAGAACUCUUAAAAAACAAACAUUACGAAAAAAUGAUACCAAAAAGAAAAGAAGUUAAAUUAGUUUAUAUGUAUUUUAAUCUGAAAAUACAUAAAGUUAGUAGUAACAAUUAA